GCGUGGUCCGAGAGAGUUCUGUCUCGAGAGGGUAGGCAUCAGGUUCAACCAUCUCUUGUCCACCACCAACACUACAGUAUAUAAGCGAGCGAGCCUACAAAUAUCCAAGUGUUGCCGAAAUCCGUACUGCAGCCAGCGGACGAAGCAGCUUCGGAAAUCUAUCGCAAACUCGCAAAAAGUCCAUCUCUUCACUCCACGCGAUGCCUCGCCACCAUCACCACACCUCCUCAACCCCCCUCCUCGUCCCCUCCGGCAGCCCCACCCGCACGCUGCCCUCCGCCUCCCCGCUCGUCCACUUCCACGGCCUCUACCUCCUCGACUACCUCGUGACAGCCCUCCUCCUCCUCACCUCCAUCCUCCUCGACACCUUCGGCCAACCCUUCGAACGCGGCUUCGACAUCCACGACCCGCGGAUCUCAUACCCACACCUGCAGGAAUCAAUCACGUCGCUUGCGAGUUGGUUGAUAGGCGUUGUGGGAAUCGUCGUGCUGCUCGCUGUGGUAUGGCUACGACGUGCUGUCGCGCGCGAGGGUGAAGCCAGCGAUCAUUGGUGGCGGCGGGACGCGAUGGAGGUUGGGGCGUGGGUGCGGAAUGUGGUGUUGUGGGACGUGCAUCAUGCGAUGCUGGGGACGGUUCUAGGGCUCUCCGUGACGAAUCUGUUGGUGAAUGGGACGAAAUUGAUGGUGGGCGCGUUGAGGCCGGAUUUUCUGGCGCGGUGUCGGCCGUCGGAAGGGAUGUGUUUGGGGGAUGUGGGUGCGGUUAGGGAGGGGAGGAUGUCGUUUCCGUCGGGGCAUUCGGGGAGGGUUGGGGCUGCGGGGGGGUUUGCGUUGUGGUAUUUGAUGGCUGUUACGGGGGCUGUGGCGGUGGAUGCCCGGCGGCCGGCGGGGAGGGUGUGGCGGUUGGCGGUGUGCCUUAUCCCGGUGUUUGCCAUCCUGUUCAUGUGCAUCGACCGACUGCAACGCAACAGGCAUCAUGUCGAGGAUAUUGUCGUCGGAUGCCUCACUGGACUGGCGGUAUCUUUUCUCAGCUACCGAUACUAUUACCCGCCGCUCACAUCAACGGAGGUUGUUGGGAGCAACAACAUUGCUGGGAAACCAAAGUCUGGACCGUUGCAUCCAAACACAUCGUCAGGUGCUGAGACACAUGACGAGGAGAGUGCGUAGAAAGGAGGGACAGGGUGACGACGACGAGGAUGGCAUUUCGUUCAGGGCCGGCCGGUCAGGGAAGAUGUUUCGCGUAGGAUAGUCCGAUUAGUCGCUAGUGAAGAGAGGAUAUGGCGCACAGGAGAACACGUUCCGAGUGCGAUGUUGCAGCUUUGAUGCGGGUGUUGAGUCAUGCAUGAUCUGCGGGGGUAUUGUCGAAGAGUGUUGAAACGCGGCGAAGAUCCCCCAUAGCAUGCCGCGGCCCAGGAGCGCGGCGUCGAAUGCGGUGUGCCCAAGCCCUGCGCACGCCGAGAGUCUAGACCGGCCGACCCACUCUAGGGAGACAGGGAGGGAGACAGCAAGGGGGCUUGUGCCAUUAUACAGGUAGACAGGCAGCCAUGUCUUCUCGCAGCUAAACUACACGCUAGCUGCCAUACUAUAGGACUAGUA